ACUCGCGUUUUGAUCUUCACUAAUGUCGGGGGUUUUGAGUGUAAAAAACUGCCGGCAGAACAUUCAGUACCCUGUUUUGUUAUGAGGGCGGGUUUGAAAUCAGCAGCAUAGCGUGCUUACUUGCGUUGCAGAGCUAGCGGUGAUAUACCGGCUGAAGUUAGCACGAAAGCAGCACACGAACAAUCAAAAGAGAGAAAAGACAAAAGAUAAAUAGGUUUAGAGUGGCAGUCCCAGGUGCAGAUAUGACCACAGAUAAGGACCAGUCCAAGGAUGACCAGUCUCCUGCUGUGGUCUUUGCCGUUAAGGGCAUUGACGUCACUCCUAACAAAGACGAGGGAGUUCGCAAGGUGGUGAAAAACCAGGGAGAGGAUGGGGACAGACCCAUGAUUGGGGACAAGGUAGCAGUGCACUACACUGGCAAACUAAUCAAUGGGAAGAAGUUUGACUCCAGUAUGGACCGCAAGAAACCCUUCAUCUUCAAUCUGGGAAAAAAGGGCAGGCAUCCUUCUCACUAUCUCAUUCAGUGUGUUCU